UCUCUCUCUCUCUCUGCUCCCUCUCUGCCGAGUCUGGACGGUUGGCUGCGCGACCGAGUCUGAGGAGAAAGCAGGACUUUUUGGGCUGUUCGCUCACCGCCCUGUGCUGUUUUUUACUCCCGUGUGGUCUUUCAGUCUCUCAGGCAAACCAUGCUGCGCCUGACUGCAGGACGAGUGGGGAGCCUGUUGUCCAGACGGGCAGUGGCAGCUCUCAGCACCAGCAGUACCAGGAUGGCCAGCCAUGGACACGAAGUGUCAGAGCAGGCCGACAUGUCAGUCCCCCUGUACUGGGAUCGUCGGGAUACCCCUCUACCGGACAGACCUUAUCAGGACACUCUCAGUGAUGCUGACAAGAGCCUGAAACAGAAGGAGAAAGGACCCUGGAACAAUCUUUCAAAUGAGGAGAAACUCGCCUUGUACAGGAUUAUGUUUAAAGAGACAUAUGCGGAGAUGAAGAAGCCGUCCAACGAGUGGAAGACAGUAGUAGGAGGAAUAUUGUUCUUCGUCGGAAUGACUGGCCUGGUUGUGCUCUGGCAGCGCAUCUAUGUGUAUCCUCCUCAUCCUCGUACCUUUGAUAAAGAGUGGGAGGCCAAGCAGGUGAAGAGAAUGCUGGACAUGCGGGUGAGCCCAGUGCAGGGCUUCUCUUCUAAAUGGGACUAUGAGAAGGGCCAGUGGAAGUAGAUGCAGGGAGGGCAGCUGACAGUCUGACCUUUCAUGGCCUGUUUAGGUACCUGCUGCACUUGAUGCCAUGAAGUGUGUCUCCUCCCAUCCGUGUGACUACUCCGUCCACUCUGAUAUUCUAUUACUUUGUUUAGAGGAGGCUUUAUGUGACCGCACUUGUUAUGGUGAGAGAAAAUGUUGCUGACACAAACCCAAAUAUACUCAGUGACCUGAACAAGCUCCUACUGAGAGUUGUGUGUAAUAAAUCAUUCAGUAUAACUUACUAUGCCUUAACCCUUCUGUUAACUCAUCAUACCUGUCAUAUUUCAGUGCUUUUUAAUAUUAAAUUUCUCAAAGGCUGAAAAAGAACCCCACAGUUAAACUAACCAGGAAAUAUGGUAUUUGUUGGUAUUUCAGUCGAAGUCACACACACACACACACACACACAUUUAAUGAACACAAGCGCAGAUGAAUGUAGUGAGUUGAAAUCGGUCUUUAUUCACUUUUAAUGAUAUCAGACAUUUA